AUGAAGUACCUCUUGUGGAUCAGCUUUCUUUUCAUUUGGGAAUCUCACGGAUACGUGCGCCUCACGAACCUCAAGUGCGAAAGCUAUGACAACACAUUCGUCGUCUUUCCCGAAUGCCGACUAAAAGUGCUUGGCAGGGGAAUUAUCGGGGCCAACAUACACGUAAAGCUUCUGAAACUGCCAAUAAAUAGGAUGGUCGUGAGAUUCACCACUUACCGGAAGCUCACCGGAUACCAUCCGUUUCUAUUUAAUGUUUCCGAGGAACUCUGUCGCGCCCUAAAGUAUCCAAAUCGUCUCAGAGUCUUCUACUAUUUCUACACCGCCUUUAUGCCCUUUUCCAAUAUUAAUCAUACAUGUCCCUAUAAUGAUGAUGUUUACAUAAGGAACUGCACCUUGGAUGAUCGUAUGUUUGCCAAGGUUCCAUUGCCGAAGGGUAUCUAUAAGCUAACCCUCGAGAUGGAUGAUGGUGUCAUGAACUGGGCUUCCAUCAUAAACAUAUACUUUGAAAUUGAUGUUGACUAA